AUGGUGAUAGUUGAGGAAGAAAUUGUUGCGGGACUGCUUUCUGAAAACUGGUUUGCGAGAAUAGGUCGAAGUGAACGCACCCGUCAACCACCGCAUCCUCAUCGUUGUCACACGAGCCGUCCGCGAGGAACCCCUGUUCGCCGAGAAAUUCUGUUCCACAGCUGCGAACAAAUCCGUAACGAGCUUCUCUCCUCAGCCGCGCAUCUCUUUCUCACGAACAACAGGUGGCCCUUCGUUUGUCGUCGUCGGUUCAAGUCGAGAGGAGACCACGAGAAGCCGUUUCACUCUGAGAAACAACGGUCCUUCGUCCCUCACGUCGGCAGUUCGUACGUCUGCUGGAGAAGAGAAAUAGCAGCAGAACCUUGUCGGCCCUUUACCUACGAGCAGCAGUCUUUGACUGCCAGGCGACCUUCAAGCAUAGCAGCGGCACCCCGUCGGCCUUCGUCUAGGGCCCGAACAGCAGCGGCAGCCCUUACGGGUCCCGUGGAAGGAAUUAAUCGGCCUAUUCCAACCGGGGAGAACAGGCCAUUCGCCAGGGAGAUUCUGAAAUUGCGGAAGCUUGGUUUGAUCAAGCCGCUGAGUAUUGGAAAGAGGCUAUAG